AUGAAUGAAAACGAUAUAGAUUUAGCUGACGAGCUUGAAAACGGUUUCAUUGUUGACGAUGAGCCCCAAGAAGAAGUUCAAGAAGUUCCUCAGAGCGAUAACGAGGCUGUGCUGCUGACAAAUGCUUGGACUUACCAUGAUCUUAUUAGCGCCCACAUUUCAGUACUCACAAGUUCCCUAGGCGGUGUCGAGCCCAAUGGUCGAUACCGUGCUGGUCAUGAUGCAAUUGCUGUACUUAAAGAUAUCAAGCGGUGGAUAAAAAGUGUUGAUGAGGCUAAAGGUACUUUUGAUGUUGCGCUAGCAUGUGCUCACACGGGAUUAGUGACCCAAGAGUUAAUGGUUAUGCUCUGUCAAUGGGACGAAGAUUGUCACAGGAAGGUACCUAUAACUAACGCUCGAACUACAGAGAGGCUUAUGGUGGGAUGUCUCGAAAUUUUAGUGCUCCUCACUUGGCCCCCACAUCUUGCUAAAGACUCAACUGAUCCUCUGCGUUUGCAGUAUCCCCUUGUGAAAAAAGCACAAUUGAUUUAUAAGAAGUCAAUUUUAAGCUACCGCAGAGGACGUACGCUCAAAGCUGUCAUUCGUUUAGUCCUUCCAAUUAUCGCCAAGCCUCGCAUCAACCGGGAUUCACGUGAAAGUGCCAUAGUCAAUUUGGUGAUCCUAUUGAUUCGCAAUGUACUAGCGAUAUCUUCGAUUUCCCCAACAAUUUCGGUGUCGAAGGGAGUCAAUGAGACGGACAGUUUGCCUCCUGAUGUUCUGGCCGAAGAUAUCGGUCACACUGCUAUCAUUGCGACAUUUGAGCACAACAGAGUUUUCCAAUUUCUCCUAACUAUAGCAUCAGACGUGGGCAAAGAUCUUGAUCGCGAAGUUUACGGAUCUCCACUACUCAAUUGCUUGAACCUUCUAAUCAAGGGGCUCGACCCAGCCGGUAUUGCAACUGCGGGCACAUCGAAUGCUCUGGCUCAUCUCCCACUGAUACUGGCGACCAAUCUGAUGAAUUUAGCUGAACUAUUAGCGAAAGAGGCGCAGCUAAAGCGCACUCAACGUCAACAUCUUCUGACUCGACAUGGUCGCUUUGGCACUAUGGUUCAAGUACGUCAACAAAAUGCCCUGUACGUCAUUAAGGGCACCCGGGCAUUACGUGACACUACUACGUCUCUUCAUCAAAUUGAUGCGAGCAAACGAUGGCGCACUCCGUCGAAUUUCAAUUAUGAUGCGGAUGAGUACAUCACGCCUGCUUCCGCAAUCACCAUCAAUGAUAGUGCUAUUGCCUCAUUCAAAAAGUUCAUUGAUCAACUUCUUGCGUCGGGAGGUCUCAACAACGUCAUGGAACAAGUGGCUCUGGUAUAUUCAGGAGCUGUUGACAUAGAAGUGGAUGAGCACGACAAAGCAGCUUACUUUGUAACUCUCGCAUGGUUCUUCGAAUACCAACGUACCAGAAUUCAAUUGGGUUCGGCAUCAGACUAUGGUCCCAUUGGUGCAGGUUUGAGUGAAGUAACAUUCAUUUUGAUGAUCGGAUUUUUCCGAGAAUCAUUCGAAAACAAGCGAUGGAGUGCACUUCAUGCAGCUAUGGUUUGUUUCAAUGAGUUGGUCAUUAUAGCAACCGCUAUUUUUCUUCAGCCACAGUCUUCUUCGCCGCAAGAUGAUUUUGAUCGAGAGUUAGCUGAGGGUAUUAUUCGAAAAUUGUUCGGAUUUCACGACUUCCUUCAAAUAUUGGUCCACAUACCACGAACAGCUGCCAAACACUCCCCUCAUUAUCUCCGAGUAGCAAUUGCAAUGGUACACGGUAUCUUGAGAGGAUUUGAAGCGUUUGCGAAUGAAAAUGUAAAGUUAUAUGUUCAGCAUAAACGGCAAAAGCGGCAUAAGCGAAGAGCUACCAACUUGGAUCAUGGGACAGAAAAUAUGAUGCGAGACUUGAUCGAUGCCGAGAUUGAGGACGAAAACUUCGAUGAAGAGUUAGAGGAGCGUGCUCUGGAGGUUACGCGUGAGCGGCAACUUGACUAUACCGCAACUGAACGUCGAUUCUUCCAUCUGGGAGUCGUACUGGCACAUGUGGAAUUUCUUCUGCGAUUUCAGGAGCUCAAGUUUGACGAAAUUAAAUGGUGUCUCAAGUACUUCCAUCGCAUUUUUGUAGGGAAGAAAGACCACGGUGCUUUGUAUCGUUUGGAUUUGAUGCAAAUUUUGUACGACAUUCAAGAAUGGUUGCCAAACUCCCAUCCCCUCCGCAAUACAGUUGAUGAGUUCGUUUAUUAUUUCAUGAAGAAGCUCAAACUGGCAUUACUGCGGUUCCCUGUCCCAAUCGAGCUUUUAUUCAACCGCUUAGAGGACACAGAAUCAAAAAUCUUUUUGGACUCCGGUAAUUUAGAUGCACGAGCAACAAAGGGGACUCGCCCACCACAAUUAGCGCGACCGCUCGAAUUCACGCGAGAAUUCGACUUGGAAUCUCGUAUCCACAUUUUGAUGGACAUUCUUACACAACAGGGUCACGUCGGGUUCUUGGAUUGGUUUGCUGAGAAGAUCAAAGGGAUAAUAGGCGUAAGAACUUUUGAAAACGAUCCUUAUAAUGGCAUUAAUGCUCCGAGCGAUACAAUGAUCGAAGUGGACACAAAGAACCAACGGUUGAUCCUUGCUAACAGUCAUAUCCGUACCCUCGUUGAAGUCGUGGGCAUAAGUCCUCCAAUGUUUAUGGAGGAUAAAUGCUUAUUGCUGUCUGCAAUCACUAAUGAGCAUUUGUCAUUGUGUUUGGAUUUUUUAAACAAAUUCAGACACAGUCUGACCAAAUUUGACGACAAUCAAGACUCCGCGGUAUUCUUGAGAGUGAAAGAUGACGAGAACGAUGAGGAUUAUCAUGCAGACGGUAUCGAUGCCGCUCUAGAUGCACUGAUUCUUAAAGGUGCCAACACGCAAGCUUUUGAUUCAUUGAGCGAGAUGGGGUCACAAAACGACUCACAGGAUGGUAAAACUCGCAAGCGUAAGGUUCGGUCAUCGGAAAGACCUUUGAAGAAGAAGUCAAAGCGUUUCAACGAACAUCGACAAUCACGGCAUAUACCAUCAGUGCUUGAUGAAGAAUCACAGCGUAUAAAACUGUCUGAGUUCGUUCGUGAUUCUGAUGAUGACACAGAUGAUGAUUUCUUUGAUCGUGAAGAUAGCUUGAGACGUAUGUUGCACGAAACGGGAGGUAUUAUUAACCAAGACCAAUUACAACAAUUCAGGAAAGCUUGGCUGGGAUUAUUGGAACGUCGCAAGGGGGAUAACCGUUUAAUGGAUGCUGUGGCUUUAGUUGAGAAACAUGGAUUGAAAGCUAGUGGCCCAUUGACAUCGCCAUCUAAGUCAGACGAAAAUAUAUCCAGUGAAGAUAAAUCCUUGUCCGAUAUUAAUCAUGAGCUUACAGAUGACCGGAUUAAUGACCUCGAUUUGCAUGCUACCUCCAAGCGUCAAGGCAGACGGAAAAAAGUCAUCGUUGAUAGCGACGAUGAUGCAUAA